AUGAUCGCCUCCUUCGGUACAAUCUCGCUAUUCGCGAACUCAACGCCAGCUAGUGUUGACUCUGGCCUAGGUCCUGCGACCACAGCCUCCGUAAGCGACCGAGUAAACAUAACUGCAAUUUCCGAGAGCACAACUCCAAGGCACACGAGUGGCUCACGCCUUCGGCAUAAUAACGGCGGCCAUCGGCGGACUUCCAACACUGCCUCUCAAUCUCUAUCCCCUUCUUAUUCAUUCUCUUCUUCGUCUCCACCUCCAUCGUCCGCAUCUCGUUCUACGCCUUCCUCAACCAUCUCUUCUCGGUCUUCUUAUUCUUCGGCUUCUACCUCUUCUUCCUCCAAGUCUCCAUCCCUUCCAGCCUCAAUAUCUUCCUCACCUCCUCAUCAGCAGGAUCCUUGUGUUUCCAAUAUGAGAUUUGGGAUAAAUGGACCAGUCCGAUCAGGUCAGGCUACAGUCGAUCGUUGCUCCACUACCUCAUCUCCUGCGACUUCCAGACCCGUGGCAUAUAAGCGACCCCUUGCUGUAGAAGCUUUAACUUCGGGAGGAGAGACAGAGCAAAUUUCUUCUGGCCUAGAGGCGUUUGACAAGAUGGGAUUUCUCUCGGACCAGCCGGAGGCCCAUCUUGCCUUCCUCAGUGCUUUCCUUGAAACUCAGAUGUUUGCUAGUUUCUUGGACGCUAGGCUCACUUUACAGAAAUUACAUCAGACUUCCAGGCAAUCCACUAUUUUCGUCACACCGUAUCUCCAAACUGGACUAUCUUCCUCCACACUCUCACUGUCCACGAUGAUUGGAGCUCAACUUUUCUAUCAACGCCUCAUCCUAGCUGCACAAUCUCCACCGAAGUAUAUGCAUUCACAGCAGCAACAUAACUAUCGACAUCAACCCUCAUGGACACAGUCGCAGCCACGCCUCCGCUCGCGAUCUCGACACAAGGUGCUAACUCCGCAGUGUCGCCGAGCCUAUCAGGAGCCUAGUUUCCCUAUGAUUAUGGCUGAAUCCGGGACGGUAGCCUCUGCUGGUCGAAUAGCUCAACAUUGUGAUUGGUGGUUAAAUGAAAUGGAUGCUGGAGCGGGUCGACACAAUAUGCCAUCAUAUCUUCCAGGUAGUGUUCAAAAUAUUGGAUUACUAUUUUAA